AUGCAGUUUGUGAUACCGCUGCUAUUAUUAGUCUCUGCGAUAAAACCAGUUCUGGGUCAGCAGUCUGCGGCGGAAAAUGACGGAGGGAUAACGGCAAGCAACGGUACAACAAGUACACUAUCUCCUUCCUCAUCUUUGGCGUCUUCUUCCGAAGAGCAGUCGACGUUUACCGUUAUUACUAGUUCGAGUGAUGGGGAAGUAAGUAGCACGGAGGAACCCUUUGUUUCAUCGUCUGAAGCCCCAGAAGAGACUUCGAUGUCAGAAGUGUCGACGUCUUUCAUUUCAACGGAUAUCUCAUCUAGUUCUGAGCUUCCUUCUAACACCACUACUAGCAGUAGUAGCAGUUCUUCAUCCGAGUCUUCCACAUCAUCAUCAUCUACCAGUUCAAGCACAAGCUCUUCUACCAGCACUUCUAGCGAUCUGGAUGAAACCACAACAUCAUCUGAAGAGGAGACAACUUCUACAUCAGUGGAAUCAUCGUCUGAUCCGACCACCACACAUCCGCCGACCACCAUCACUUCGGUGAUCAACGGUGUCACGAUUUUGAGCGAUAGGUACACUACAGUUACUUUCACACCUACUAGUACCAGCGAUCCCGACAGCAGAGAAGGCCAACACACGGGACUAAGCGACAAAAAUAAAAGGAUUGUGAUCGGUGUUGUUGUAGGGUUGGGUGUCCCGAUCUUGCUUGUAUUAUUGGCAUUGAUCUACAUUUUCUGCAUCAAACCAAAGAGAACGAACUUCUUAAACUCAGAGGGUAAAGUGGUGACCGCAUACACUUCUGGUAAAGUGUCUAAAUGGUGGAAAGCAUUCAUGGGUAAACAAACGGACGAUUACGUGACGGAAUCUCCGGAAUCAGGUAUCGAUGAACCAUCAGUGUUGGCGCCAACAAGAAAUAAUACUGUCGGUAGAAACAACACCGAUGGCCAUAGAAAAUCUCAUUCCAACGAACUGAUGUUGGAUGAAGAAAAAUAUUACGAUGAUGACGGUAAUGAAUUGAACGGUAGAAACUACUGA